AUGAUAAUACCCCCCACACGUGUGAAGUGUCAACCUAUUCCCUUUGGAUGGAAAAAAGGAAAUAGUGUUAUUUCCCCCCUGGAGACCGUAAAGAGUACUCUUUCUCUCUCUAUUCAUAUGAAAUCCACACAAUUGGAGGAGUUUUUCUUUCCCUCAACAAAUUCCACACAUUGUCGUCUCUGUGGAGGUGUUGGCGCACGUGGAAUGGCCCACAGAGGAAUAGUUCAACAUCAGGCAGUGGAAGCCAUUUUGUGGAUUCUCGUGGAAAGAGCGAAGAAACACACAAGUGGGGCUGUAGGAGUUUCAUUAAAGGCAGCACAUGAUUUUUUUAGUGAUGAGGCUAAACGUUGGGAAAGACGAUUAAGUGGUUUUUCUUGUUCCUCUUCCUCAUCCUCUUCAUAUCUACAUCAUUAUCAUCAUCAUCAUCAUUAUUAUAUGCAGGGAGAGAAUGAUGAUGAUGAGAUUUCUUCCCUAGAUGAUUUAUAUCAUAAUAUACCGUUGGAAAAGAUCUGGUGUAGUGUGGUAGACCGUAGAGCCUCACAUCUACGUAAGAAGUUAUCUAUAUUAAAAGAACUUGGUAUGUUGGGAGUUGCAACCUCCUCUGAUCUUUUCUCUGUAGUAAAUGAUACUGUACAACGAGAUGCUGGAUUUCAACGUAUGGAGUGUAUUGGUGAUCACAACUGGGGUCAUUCCAUCUGUCAUCGAUGGAUAUUACUUUUCCCAGAAGUUAACUGGCGUACAUUAUCCAAUACAUUUGCAAUGGAUGCCCUUCGCACAACACUGGAGAGUAAUCAACACUUGGAAUAUGUGUUUACUGUAUUGGGUUUAGAUGCGUUUGUAGGGGGUGUUAAUAAAAUGCAGGGAAAAUCUACAAAGUUUAAAGCAGAUAUAGUAGAAGCUAUUGCUGGAGAAUUACAUGUAGCCCUUUGGUCAUUAGAACCAUAUGAUAGAGAUGGAAUAACAGCUCGUCCUUCUAUGCAUGGUGUCCCUUAUACUAAUACUUUAGCAUCUAUGGUAAGAGAUUGUUUAUAUGAGUUAUUUAAUCUUGUUUUGUUUUGUUUUUUAUCUAAACAUCAUUUAUCACUGGUUCAGGCUGUUAUGGAGUUUACACGGCGUGAACAAUACAUUAUGGAUGUAUCUUCACCCUUUUAUACACUCUCCAGUGUACGGCGCCGACGGAUGGAUACAAACCACAAGAAACUAUGGACUCUUCCUUCUUUACCAUUAUUGAGUCAAACACCCCAACGAGAAAAAAGAGAAAAAGGAAAACAUUAUAUAAAUAUUUCUCUUCUGGAGUUAAUAAAUCUUCCGGAGGAUAGUUCAUUUGUUAAUGAUGAUUUACUACACAAGAGGAGUAGACCUAAAAGAGAUAAUGUACAUCCUCAACUUUCAAAACUGGCUUUACGUGAACUUGCGGAUAAUUAUGGUGAUUUAAAAAAGAAAAAAAAAGAACUUUGA